UCUUCUUGCAUAACAAUGCAGACCAGCUGGGAAAGCUCAACCCAAGCAGACAGACAGGACAACAGUGAACAGUGCACGCAUGCUUGUGUUGAUGCCUACUUCUUCACUUCUUCUGAAACAGUUGUAUCCAAGAAGAUGUCUGUGUGGACCUUGUCUGCCUAUCUGAAUCUCCAGACAUGCCUUAUGCUGGGGCUAGUGUUCCUGUUGGCUUACUGGUAUCUUAUCAGGACCAGGGGAAAACUCAACCUUCCACCAGGGCCAUGGGCACUGCCUUUGCUGGGGAACGUGGCCCAAAUUUUCACCAAGGCCCCAUACAAGCUAUGGAUGGAACUUGUGAAGGAGUAUGGUCCUGUGAUCUACCUGUGGCUGGGGAGCCAACAGAUAGUUGUACUGAACAGCUAUGCAGCCAUCCACGAGGCUCUGGUCAAGAAAGGAGAGGACUUCUCCAAUAGACCUGCUCUGCACACCUUCAAACUCAUGGGGCUAACCAACAAUGGAAUUGUUCUCCUUCCCUAUGGGUCAUUCUUCAAACAGCAGCGCAAGUUCACCAUCAUGGGUCUUCGAGACUUCGGUUUCGGCAAACGCAGCUUGGAGGGGAAAAUCAUCGAGGAAUCGCACGAGCUACGGGAGGAGAUCCUCAAGAAGGGACAGAAGCCCUUCAACAUCCGGCGCAUGCUACAGAACGCAGUAGGUAACGUCAUCUGCUCUAUAGUGCUGGGAAGACGCUUCGAGUAUGACGAUGAGAAGUUAGAAAAGAUCAUGAGGGCGUUUGACCAAAACACCGGCGACCAGCGCCUGAGCAGAAUGGCCGACUUCUUCCCCUGGGCGCGACACAUUCCCGUAGUCAAACGCGCCGUUACCAAGUAUGUGAAAGACGUAGAGAGAUGCGUGGGUAUCUUCCGGGAGGACAUCGCCGCCCACAAGGAAAGUUUCGAUCCCAACGACAUCCGAGAUUUCAUCGACACGUUCAUCCUAGAGAUGAAGAACAAGGAAGGAGACGAUGAUAGUGAUUUCACAGACAGACAGUUGGAGUACCUCAUAAGGGACUUGUUCUUAGCUGGUGAGGAGAGUACUUCUAACACACUGAACUGGGCACUCCUGUACAUGCUGCGUCACCCGGAUGUACAAGAGAAGGUGCAGCGCGAGAUCGACAGCGCCAUCGGACAGAACACCCCGUCCUUCUCCCACCGCAGCCAGCUACCGUACACGGAGGCGGUCACCAUGGAAGUCAUGCGUAUCAACCCCAUUGCUCCGCUCAGCGCCAUCCAUGCUACGUCCAACGCCACCACCCUUCUAGGAUACGACAUACCGAAGGAGGCUAUCGUGUUCACCAACCUGUGGGCAGUUCUACAUGAUCCCGAGGUCUACCCCGAGCCUGAUGUCUUCAAACCUGAGAGAUUUCUGGACGACAAGGGUCAAUGUAAAAAGGGGGACAACUUCAUUCCAUUCUCUCUUGGUAAACGUGCUUGCCCGGGUGAUCACCUUGGCAGGAUGGAACUCUUCCUGCUCUUCACCUCCCUGAUGCAGCACUUCACUUUCAAGCUGCCAGAGGGCGCACCACUACCAUCCGAGCAGGGGCAAAGGGGAAUCACCAACAAUGCUGUAGCAUUUGAACUCUAUGCCAUACCAAGGGAGUGAGGAUGGUGUUUACCAUUUGUGUGAACUUAAAGCGAUAAAGUCACCAAAAGACCUAACAUUUCCAAAAGUCAUAACAUUUCUUCAGAUUGCAUUCAGCCCAAACAGUAAUAUUAAUUUUUUUUACUAUCAAACGAAACCUGCAAAAACAUUCCUUUAGUUUUAAGAAGCAGAUAAGGCCUAGGAAAAAAAAUGUUGUGUUUCCUGUUUCCCUACCUACCCUAAAAAAACCUGCCGACCCUAUACUUUU